UAUUAGUAUUAUUAUUUAAAAUAAUAAAUAAAAAAAUCGCGGUAUUAUUUCAAAUCCCGUGAUUGACUGGCGGUUGAAAUGAUUAGCCAACCACAGCCCAGCAGGGGCGGGUUUUGUACAAAUGAGCGCUCCGGACCAUCAGGUGGUGCUGUGCUCUCGCGCGAAGAAACACGUCACACAUUUUGAAGACGAGGCACGAGCUUUUCUCGAACUUUCUCUGGGUUCAAAUGAUGAGGACGAGGUGUUUUUUUUCUCUCCUGACGGGUGCAAAAACUUUUUAUUAGUCCCUCAGAGUAGGGUGUUUUAAGGCUUUAGAAGGAAUGCGGCUGGUGUUGUAUUGGAUAAAAACGACGAGUUAGUUUAAAAAGAAGGAAGAAACUGUGUACAUAGACUGUUCUUAUUUUUUAAGUUAAACGCCGGUUAUUUAACGGUUGCGGUAUAAUAACCCGAUAGAAAUCUCGUGUAUUAAGCUCUUAAUGGAUCCGACGGCUGUUUAACUAGAUAUUUAGGAGUUUUAAUCAUUAGUUUGUGAUGGGUAAAGAUUACUAUAAAGUCCUGGGAAUACAGAAAGGAGCUUCUGACGAUGAAAUUAAGAAAGCGUACCGAAAGCAGGCGUUACGGUAUCAUCCGGAUAAAAACAAGUCGCCGGGAGCCGAGGACAAAUUUAAAGAGAUCGCAGAAGCUUAUGAUGUCCUGAGCGACGCGAAAAAGAAGGAUAUCUACGACCGAUACGGCGAAGAAGGUCUUAAAGGACAUUCUGGAGGUUGUGGACCCAAUGGCCCGAGCUACACCUUCCACGGAGACCCACAUGCCAUGUUUGCAGAGUUCUUCGGCGGCCGCAGUCCAUUUGAUCAAUUUUUUAGCCAUGGCGCUGACGACGACAUGGAUGUGGACGAUCCCUUCGCCGCGUUUGGCAUGGGAGGCAUGGGUGGCUUCCCCAGGUCUUUUAAGACUCGUGUGGGUGGUGUACAUGUGCCACGACAGAAAAAGAAAGACCCUCCAGUUAUCCACGAGCUCAAGGUGAGCUUAGAGGAAGUGUUCUCUGGCUGCACCAAGAAAAUGAAGAUCUCACGAAAACGUCUGAACCCGGACGGCUGCACGGUCCGCACAGAGGACAAGAUCCUUACCGUGAACAUCAAGCCUGGCUGGAAAGAAGGCACGAAAAUCACGUUUCCCAAAGAGGGAGAUGAGACGCCCACCAACAUCCCCGCCGACAUUGUGUUUGUUGUAAAAGACAAGGUGCAUGCGGUGUUCCACAGAGACGGCUCUGAUAUCAUCUACCCAGCGAGAAUAUCCCUCCGAGAUGCGCUGUGUGGCUGCUCGAUCAGCGCGCCGACGCUCGACGGCCGGACCAUUACUGUGACGUCCCGCGACGUCAUUAAACCGGGCAUGAAGAAGAGGGUCGUGGGUGAGGGACUGCCUCUGUCCAAAUGCCCUGAUAAGCGAGGGGACAUGGUGCUGGAGUUUGUUGUAAAGUUUCCGGACAAAGUGACGCAGAACACUCGCGAUGCUCUGAUGCAGAUCCUCCCACCGUGAACGUGAGGUUGGGGCAGUGAGACACAAUGUUAUUAAUUUAUAAACCACUUACCUGUCUCGAGUGCACUUUUGACAUCACUGUGAAUCGUUUGCACAGUACUAAUAGGCACUCAAGACGCACACACACACACACACACACACACACACACACACACACACAGGAUAUGCAUUACCUCAGAGUUGAUGCAGCUGCCUUCAUGAAUUUUAUUCAUUUAAAUCAUGCCAGAUUAGAAACAAUGCUCUUUUUUCCCUCUUUUUAACACACAUUGAAUUAUUUUCUAUCAUGUUUUUCCCUCUUAUCCAACAAGGGACACAUCCUAGGGAGAGACAGGAAUUUAACUUUAUAGGGGACUUAGACCUUUUUUUUUUCUCUCUCUCUCUCUUCGCUUCCACAGCGAAUCUUUCUUGUUCUGCAUUGCAGCUGGCACAGCGAGUGUGUCUCAGGUUUGUCCGCACACUCUCGCAAGCUCCCCGCUUUUCACCCUGACCCCGUUUUGUUUCAUGCGUCUCGUGUCUUGGAUCCCGCUAUUGUAUGAUCCUUCUGGAUAUUUUUACCUGUUUGUGAUUUUCUGAAAUCAGAUUUAUGUAUCUCGUGUACGCACGUUAAUUUGUGACGUGUUUGCGCUGUUGCGUUUCUUUUCUGGGUUUUUUAUUGCCAAAAACAAAAGAAACAAAGCCGUAAAAGUGACAGGUUUUGACAGCUUUCGAUAUUAUUAAAAAUUAUUUAAAACAUUGUGGUGUUUUUAGUUUCAGCGUGGCCAGUUGCUGUUUUUAAAACAUGAAUGAAUGCAUUUAAUAAUAUUACUCAUCCAUUGUGAAAACCCAAGGCUUAAUGUAUUUUACGGACAUUAUUGUAACAAAUAAAAGUGUGUUAGUAGA